AUGAUUACCAACAACCAGUUUAUCCAAACCACCUGUUAUAUGUUCGCCGUUGCGAUUGCAACAGCACUACUCGUCACGGGCUUCGUAAAGGACAUCCUCACUUUUCUUGAAUUCUGGACGUGGUCCACGAAGGACACUAUCUCGCCCGACCAUCUACGCAUUGCCGUUAUGGUCAAAGUGGAAGUCACAACCACCCAUUAUUCUACGACGGAACCGUUGCGUUCCGUAUCAUCCGACUGCGCUCUGGUCAAUAUAUCGUCAAAGUGCUACAGUGGUACGCAGGGAGUCCAACGGACAGAAUCGCUCUUUGAAGACAAAGCCGACUACACUCGCUCCGAGCGUAGGGUGGGAGCCUUCGUUCGUGACACGACUCGUCCCUAUGUGCCGUUGGAUGUGUUCUCUUCGCACACUAUCGAUUGGACCUCUCCGCUUGUCGUCGAAACUGGCUUAUAA